AAAAAAGGUUCUAGAGAACGAAAACACUUUGUUUAAUUCUUCAUUUCUAAGAAUGCAAAUUCAUCCUCUUUCCGCAGUUCUUUUUUCUCCUCAAAAUCAAAUAGAGAAUGAAAAAAAAGUGCAAAAUUUGAUUUUUGAUGCAUCUUUCAUGCAAUUCCAACCCAACAUUCCAUCUCAAUUCAUUUGGCCUGAACAUGAGAAGCCAUGUCUAACAAGGCCACCAGAAUUCCAAGUUCCAACCAUUGAUCUGAAGGCAUUUCUCUCCGGCGACAUGGAAGCCGUGUUGGACGCUUGUUUGCAAGUGAAUGAGGCAUGCAAGAAGCAUGGAUUCUUUCUUGUGGCCAACCAUGGAGUCAAUGCGAAGCUAAUAGCUCGAGCACAUGAGCUCAUGGACGAUUUCUUCGGCUUGAAGCUACCUCAGAAGCAAAGAGCUCAGAGAAAAAUUGGAGAAUAUUGUGGUUAUGCUAGUAGCUUCACUGAAAGGUUCCCUUCCAAGCUUCCUUGGAAGGAAACACUUUCUUUCCGUUACUCUGCCUCUGAUCCAUCCAAGAAAACUGUUGAGGAAUAUUUCCUUAGUGUUAUGGGAGAAGAUUUUAGACAAUUUGGGGUUGUGUACCAAGAUUAUUGUGAAGCCAUGAGCAAUCUUUCUUUAUGGAUCAUGGAGAUUCUUGGAAUGAGUUUAGGUGUUGGAAGCAAGUACUUCAGAGAUUUCUUUGAAGGGAAUGACUCUGUGAUGAGAUUAAAUUACUAUCCACCAUGCCAAAGACCUGAUUUAGCUCUUGGAACUGGCCCCCAUUGUGACCCUACCUCACUAACUAUUCUCCACCAAGAUCAAGUUGAAGGCCUACAAGUGUUUGUGGAUGAAAAAUGGUACUCAGUUAACCCUAAACAAGACACCUUUGUUGUUAACAUUGGUGACACAUUUAUGGCUCUAACAAAUGGACUUUACAAGAGUUGCAUGCACCGAGCAGUUGUAAACAGAAAACUUGUGAGGAAAUCACUUGCUUUCUUUCUAUGUCCAAGAAUGGACAAAGUGGUAACUUCACCAAAAGAUCUUGUUAACAAGGAAUAUCCAAAGCUGUAUCCAGAUUUUACAUGGGCAAGUCUUCUUGAAUUUACACAGAGACAUUACAGGGCUGACACAAAAACCCUUGAUGCUUUCUCAAUGUGGCUACAAGAAACAAAGAAGUAACUAAGGUAUCCCCCAAAAGAUAGCAGAAACACCAAAAUAUAGAGGCCAAAUGUUACUUCAGCUGUUUUUAGUGUAGUGACGUAUAGUUUUAUUAUGCUUUUGUGCAUGCUUUGAAUUCAUAUUGUCACUACUUAAGUCAUUGUUAAUAGUCCUCACCGUUCUUUUUGUC